AUGUCAUCUACGGAUCACCGAGCAGGCGUAAAGCGACCGAGAACGCAAUCGCUGCCACCGCCCCAACUUCCCCAAUUGGUCGCGGAACAAAGUACACCGAUUCCGCCCACAGACAAGGACUCUCAAAGGCUCAUUGUCGUUUUGUCCAACGCCAGCCUCGAGACCUACAAAGCGUCGCACAGCAACAGCAGUCGCACUGGCAUACACCGCGAGGAAAAAUACUCGCUGUUGAACAGUGAUGAGCACAUUGGAGUCAUGCGUAAGAUGAAUCGUGACAUAAGCGAUGCUCGCCCAGAUAUUACCCACCAGUGCCUCCUUACCUUAUUGGACUCACCAAUCAACAAAGCUGGGAAGCUACAAAUCUAUAUUCAUACUGCGAAGGGUGUUCUUAUCGAGGUCUCACCCUCUGUACGAAUUCCUCGUACCUUUAAAAGAUUUGCUGGUCUCAUGGUGCAACUGUUACAUCGUCUGUCGAUACGCUCUACAAACUCCAACGAAAAACUUCUAAGGGUUAUUCAAAACCCUAUCACCGAUCACUUGCCACCCAAUUGCCGGAAGGUCACACUGAGCUUCGACUCACCUCUAGUUCGUGUGCGCGAAUAUGUUGAGUCUGUUGGCUCCAAGGAGAGUAUCUGCGUGUUCGUUGGUGCUAUGGCUAAGGGUGCGGAUACAUUUGGGGACUCUAUGGUCGACGAAAAGAUCUCGAUCAGCAACUAUUCUCUCUCUGCCAGCGUAGCCUGUAGCAAGUUUUGCCAUGCCGCUGAGGACGCUUGGGAUAUCCUCUAG